AAACAAUAAAGUGACAUUUCAUCUAUAUCUAUCCAAUACAAUAAAUAUUCCCUCAAAUAAAUUUAACGCAACACAAUAUUAUUAGUAGUCCUUUUUAAUCUUCUUUUCUACCAAUCUACCAACCAUCACCCUCCUCGGCCAUCUUGAGCAAUAAUGGAUAAUAACAGUGGCAAUCAGCCCCUAUUAUCUUCUUCCGCCGCCACUGUCGCCGCCGCUACCGAUGAUGAUCAAACAGUAACACAAAAUUUAAGAACAAGAAUUAUAGGCGAUCAUUAUGAAGAGGAGGAUAUUCCACAAAUUACAAGUCCAAAAAUGUUUUUCAAUGUGUUUUGUAUGGAGUUGAAGAAAACCAUGUAUCUUGCCGCACCAUCUACUUUUAUGCGUACUUGCCAGUACUCCCUUGGCGCCAUCUCCAUCACCGUCACCGGUCAACUUAACACCCUUGACCUCGCCGCCUUCUCGGUCGAGAACUCCGUUAUUGCUGGCUUCUCCUUUGGUUUACUGUUUGGAAUGGGAAGUGCGUUGGAGACAUUAUGUGGGCAAGCAUAUGGGGCAAAACAGCUGAACAUGCUUGGAGUUUACUUGCAAAGGUCUUGGGUGAUCCUCUUCACUACAGCUCUUAUACUCAGCCCCCUCUACAUCUUCGCCACCCCGCUUUUGCUCCUCAUCGGAGAAACUCCUGCUAUUUCAAGGGCUGCAGGUAAGGUAGCAACAUGGAUGAUCCCACAGCUAUUUGCAUACGCGACAGUAUUCCCAAUCAUAAAGUUCCUACAAGCACAACGUAAGGUGAUGACCAUGGCGGCGAUCACUGGUGUAGCCUUGCUCCUACAUUCCUUUUUCUCCUGGCUGCUUGUAAUAAAGCUCGGGUGGGGCCUCCCUGGUGGGACCGCGGUGUUAGACUCUUCGUGGUGGUUCAUAGUCUUGGCCGAGCUUGCGUACAUUUUCAGUGGGAGGUGUGGAGAGGCUUGGAGUGGUUUUUCAUGGAAGGCUUUUAAUGAUUUAUGGGGCUUUGUUAGGUUGUCUGUUGCCUCUGCAGUGAUGUUAUGCUUAGAAACAUGGUAUUUUAUGGCUCUGAUUCUGUUUGCCGGGUAUUUAGAGAAUGCAGAGAUUUCAGUGGGUGCUUUAUCUGUAUGCAUGAACAUACUAGGUUGGACAAUGAUGGUGGCUUUGGGAUUCAAUGCAGCCGUAAGUGUAAGGGUAUCAAAUGAACUCGGAGCAGCACGUCCCAGAAUGGCAAAGUUCUCAGUUUUGGUUUCGGUAUUAACAUCAUUCUUGUUCGGUUUGAUCAUGGCGACAGUGCUACUUAUAUUUCGAAAAGAUUAUCCAGCAGUAUUUUCCAGCAGUAAUGAGGUACAAGAGCUUGUUACUGAGCUAACCCCAAUUCUCGCAAUUAGCAUCAUUAUCAACAAUUUUCAGCCUGUUCUCUCAGGUGUGGCAAUUGGAGCAGGAUGGCAAGCUUUGGUUGCAUACAUUAACAUUGCAUGUUACUACAUAUUAGGAAUCCCCUUGGGCCUCACAUUGGGAUAUGUGGUUGGUUUAGGUGUCAAGGGGAUAUGGUUUGGGAUGCUUGCUGGUACAUGUGCACAGACGAUCAUCCUAUUUUUGAUAGUCUACAAAACCAACUGGGAUAAAGAGGCCUCCAUUGCUGGAGAGAGAAUAAAGAAGUGGGGAGAUUCAAUCAAAGAAGAAAAACGCAAGAUGCUGAGAGAUGACCAUUCAAGACUUGAAGAAUUCGUUGCAUAGAAAAAAUUAGGGCAUUGUGGGAGGAGAAGAUAGCGUCUUCUCAAGACCUAACUUGUCAAUUUUGUGAGGCUUUUGCUUGAAAAGCAUGUAAGAGAAGACGAUCAUUUGAUUGAUGGAUGGUAAUAAAGGAAACUAAAUUUAUCAACCUACAUGUUUAUUAAACCUAAAUGCUUCACUUGAGCACUGAAAGGGAUAUUAAGUGCUUUACUACACA